AUUAAUAUAAAAUGAGAAUUGUAUUAUUAGUUCUAUUGAGCAUGGCAUUAUGUAAAAUGGGGACAGAUCCAAAGAUUGUGUUGGCAGAAAUAGAUGAUCAUCAUAUGGGUAAAACAUUCUUGAAUGCAAUCCAAAUUAGUUUGGCAACAGGUUCACCUGUGCAUGAAAUUUAGAGCUACAUAAACAAUAUUAGAUUUAUGUUGGAAUAAGAAUAAAAGGAUGCUGACCUCUAUAUUUAAAGCACAUAGGCAUCAUGCAAUAGAUUGUUACACGAUUUUUCAACAAAUUUAGCUUAUCAUUAGAGUUAAUUGAAGGCUCAUUAGAAAAUUGUUGAGGAAAAUACAAAUAAUCUUUAAAGAUCUCUUAAUAAAAUUGCAGAGGUCUCAGUUGAGAUUGAAGAGAACACCAAGAAUACAAAUGCAGGGUAGAGCGAAAGAGAUUUACAAUAUGCUGAAUUUUAAUCUAAAAUCAAAGUUCAUACAGAAGCAAUUGCUGCAAUUGAUGAAGCAUAUGCAUUAAUUGAACAUUUAUCAAGUGGAUCAUCCUUUAUUUAAGUUAAGGGAAGAUUUAACAAAGUCUUGUAGAGAUUGUAAAAUUAAUCAACUGGAUUAUUAUUUUAACCAAUCCUUACAAUGAUGACCUAAUUAUCAUCAAAAUCUGAUUCAGACACUGCAAAGAAAGUCUUAUAAUUAUUGGCCAACCUAAGAGUUCAAAUUGUCGAAAGUAAAGGAAAUGAUGAAUCAAUCGAGAAAUAAUAAAGUCUUAAUUGGUAAUAAUUCUUAGCAGAUUUAACAAAUGAGAAAAACACUUUGUCAGACUAAAGGUAAAAUUUAGAAUAAGCUAUCUUAAAUUAUUAAAGUAUCAUUGAAGAGUCAGAAGGCAAGGUUGAGUAUCAUGCGGCUGAAGUUGAAAGAAACUAAAGUAACUUGGAAGGAUAAGACUAAUGGUGUAGAUAAUAACAAGACAUAUAUUAGAUGGAAACCUAAUCCAGAGUUUAGAGUUAAGAUUUAAUUUCCAGAAUAUCAGAUCACAUUUAGGAUAAAAUUGUAACCCUUAAAGAAUAUUUAAGAGAAAGGCUUCAGUUAAAUUGAGUAUCUAAACAUUAAAAUAAAUACGAAUUUUAAAUUUUUAAUAUAUCUAUCCUAAA